UCUCCCAGCCUUCUUGUCCUGGACUUGUAUAAAUUAAAGGUCCGUGAGACACUCUUUAAGAAGACACUAAACGUUCGCCACUUCCAUCGACUGCACAGCGCAUAAACGAAAUCUCUUACCACACAAUAAAAAAGAAGACCUUCUUCAUGGAUAAAAUGGUGUUGCUGACGUUUGUCUGCUUCCUGACGUCACUUCCUGUGCUGUACACAAGGAGUCUGGAGACAAACGUGGCAGCUGAUGACGCCGCGUCAAGGUCUGGAGGUCUGGAGAUGAGGAAGUUACGUCACAUCGAGGCGGAGCUGGAGGUGUUGAGGAGAACAGUGACGGAAAUGAAAGCAGGCGGGCAGUGCGGUGCACAAAGUCCACAUCAAAACUUUUUGAGAGAAGUGACGAGCGAAAUACAAGCGCUCCGUUCACAGUUUCAAGGUCUGCAGGUGCAAAGAGAGUUGUCCGUCCUGCGAUCAGAUCUUCUCGCCCAGUCAGCCAUGCUGGCGGACACCGGAAGUAAGCCUGUGGGCAGAACACCGCAGAUCAGCAACGAGCGACCCCGUGUCGCCGACAUUUCUACCAUCAUGAACACAGGAGCCGUGUACGAGCGCUGGGGCAACAGUGGCUGUCCUAAUGGCACAGAGCUGGUUUAUUCAGGUCUCAUUGGCGGCUCACAUUUUACUCACACUGGAGCAGCCGCCAACGCCCUCUGCUUGCCCUUGAACCCUGUCUUAGAGAACAACCCCGGCGUGAACCAUGUUGCUUAUAUCUAUGGAGCUGAACUCGAACUCACCCCUCUUCCCAAAAAUGACCUUGACCCCCUAUGCGCUGUAUGCCGCAGUCCACGGGCGACAAUCGUCAUGGUACCCGCUGCCAGUGCUUGCCUCGCUGGGUGGACAGUGGAGUAUUCCGGGUACCUCAUGGCAGGACACCACACUCACACUGCAGCGACAGAAUACAUUUGUGUCGACAGAGAGCAGCACACGCGCACUGGGUCCGACAAGAACGACAACGGCAAAUACUUUUAUUACGUCACUGCUGAGUGCGGUAGUCUCCCUUGCCCGCCUUAUGUAAGCGGGAAAGUGUUACCUUGUGUCGUCUGCUCCAAGUAACGACCACACACAUGCAGGAUAGAUGUCACUGGGUCAGAUAUAUAUUGUAUACUUCAAAGUCGCUCUUAAGUUAGUAUCAUUUGUAUUUCUGUCGUAGCCAAGCAACCGAGUCCUGAACCUUUUCUGUUUUUUUUUUUAUUAGCAGAUAUUUAAAUAUUGUAGCUCACUCAUUUACUUUACUACUUACAUACAUGUGUUGACUAGCUGGCAAUGGCAUUUUAAUCACUAUUCGUAGGAACUUCUAUUGACAACGCCCUGAAUUACACACUGGCCGGGCUGCUUCAGACUCUGUAGUAGACCUUCACCUGUCUGGCUUGUUAGAAACUGGAAUUUAUGAUUAGUUAGGAAAAUGGCAGACAAAAUUGUAAUUCUGAACGAUUUUGCGUUCACAGAACAAUAGUAAACAAUUAAACAUGUAUUCAAAACAAGCUGAAAUAAGAUGAGAAAGAUCAAAUGGUAAAGAUGCGUAUCUGUCUGUCUGUGUAAGUGACUUAGUCAACUACUCAAAUAGUCAAUGAAUCGCUGACUGACUGACUGACUGACUGACUGACUGACUGACUGACUGACUGACUGACUGACUGACUGACUGACUCACUCUCUCACUCACUGAAUCACUCACUCACUCACUCACUCAACCAACCAACCAACCAACCAAUCCACCAAUCUGUUAGUCAGAAGAUAAACAAAAGACAUUUCUAUAUACUAUUAUAGAAUCUCAUUGUUUGUUAAGAUAAUAAAUAUUUUCUAGCUUUAUUAUUUUUGUACUGCAUUAGCCAAAAUGACAAAAUGACAGCAAUGCUUCUGUACAGAACUGACAUUUUACCUUUUUCCAUAUUUUCAAACCAUUCGCCAAACAUUUAUUGCUGAGCCUGUUUCCCAGGUCUUGUGUUUCUCCUUUUGCCUUCAUAUACGCAUUGAGUUUCCUUGUCGAGAAAAAAGGAAAUUCGAAUAAAUCACACGGACACAGAGUGUAAACACACAGCAACACAAUCGCAUCUUUGAUACAGAAAACGGCUUCUUGUGAUAUCCAGGCUGGUCGUGGCCACAUCCUGACAAGAAUGAAAACAGAUAUUAUCAAUGAAUAAUGUCAGCAUGGAGAGACACAGGGCGACGGUAUCUGGAGAAGCGAAAACAAGUUUUUUUGUUGUUGUUGCUUAUUACAGUUCUUCGUGUUGGCAAUAAAAAUAUUAACAAUA